AAAGAUAUAUUAGCUCAAACAAAAGUCUACGGUUUUCCAAGAAAACGGUCGAAAUCGUUAUAACUUAUACCCAAAAUUUAGCAGUUUGGGUAUUAUCAUUUCGUUAAGGAGAAACAAAUAAAUGAGAGGAUUCAUGGUCUCCACCACCACCACCACCUAAGAAAUGCGGGAUUUAAGCUGCGUUUGCAGACAUCAGAGUUCCAAAAAUUAAAUAGAAAACCCUAAUUUUCCACCGCAAAUCUUUGGAGGUACUUUCCUUGAAAUACACGCUUUUUCUCUGUGGCUCAAAAACUUUCAUUCAUCUCCUUUGAUCUCAAGGCGUCACAGGUCGUUUAUUUGAUAUCUGAAUGAUAGCAACGACAUCUAGUACAUGGAAAACGAAACCAGAGAACCAAAACCUCAACAGGUCAAGAUCUUUUGGAAGAAAGCCAAAGCCUGUACCACCAUCAGAACCCGAAGCGAGCGCAGAUGGGUCUGGUCGGAAACCAGUUGAGAAGCCUUUACCCAAUUAUCUGAGACCAACAAUCAGCUCCAGACCAGACCCGGUCAAGUUCUCGAAGAAGAACAACGCUGUGGAAGACAAGCUUCUUCGUAGACGAUCCUUUGAUCGUCCUCCUUCGUCUUCGACUUCUCCAUCAACUUCACCAUCCCAGAAGUAUCUCAAUGCCUCCUCUCCCCCUGCUCGCCCACGAGAUAGAGCCGUUGUUCCAAGAGAGAAGCCUGUCACUGGUCUGCGCUCUACGUCUUUCCAUGGAAGCAGCAGAGGUGGUCUCAGAGGAAGCAGUACGGUGGCUUCGAGAGGAUCUCCAGGGGUAAAGAAGAGCGGUCUGAGCGGUGCUAGUUCUUCCAAGGGCAAAAAGGAAGGUUCUGAGAAUGUUCAAAAGAGAUCUUCGGGUAAAGAGAUUGCCGCAGAGUCUUCUACUCUUGCGCCUUCUCACGAGGAUGAAGAGAAGAUUAUCAAGGUUGAGACCCAUGUACAAGGUUCUGAUCACAGAGAAGAAGACAAAGACCAGGUUGCACAACCCGAGGAAUCCGUGGAAGGGAAGGAUACCGGUCUAAUGGAUGCCUCCACAGAAGAAGAAAAAGGAGAGCUGAUCAACGAGGAUAAAACAGAGGAGCAUAAAGAACCAGAAAACACCCAAGGAAACAACAGUGAAGACAAGGAAGAAGUUGAAAAGAAGGUCGAUGAUGAUGAGAAGAAUAAGGAGACAGUUGUUACUCCAGAUAUGAAGGAAGCUGCGGAUGCGGAAGAGGAAGAAGAGGAGAGCGAAAGCAGCAAAGUGAAAGAAGGAACAACAGAAACAGAGGCUCAAGUAAAAAAAUUACCAGAGGUUAGCACAAAGAAGGAAGUGGGGCAAGGGAAGAAGGAAUCUCCAACAGCCUACAACGAUGUAAUAGCAAGUAAGAUGCAAGAGAGAUCGAGGAAGAACAAGGUUUUGGCUCUUGCUGGAGCCUUUCAAACCGUUAUUGACUAUGAAACUGCUGCAUCUAAGUGA